CCUCCUCCACCCCCCACCACGCUCGGGGCCCUCCCUCCCCGCCACCACCGUCCGCGCUCGGCCGGCCGCGGUGAAGGAAGAAAGGAGCAAAGGAGGCGGAGGUAUGGAUCCGCAGCCCCCUCCGCCAGCCCAGGGCAGCCCACCUCACCGUGGCCGGGGCCGUGGCCGGGGCCGAGGCCGUGGCAGAGGCCGCGGCCGUGGCAGGGGGGGCGCCGGAGCUCCGCGGGCGCCCCUGCCCUGCCCCACCUGUGGCCGCCUCUUCCGCUUCCCCUACUACCUCUCCCGGCACCGGCUGAGCCACUCGGGCCUGCGGCCCCACGCCUGCCCCCUGUGUCCCAAGGCCUUCCGCCGGCCUGCCCACCUCUCGCGCCACCUGCGUGGCCACGGGCCGCAGCCCCCGCUGCGCUGCGCCGCCUGUCCCCGCACCUUCCCUGAGCCCGCCCAGCUCAGGCGCCACCUGGCCCAGGAGCACGCAGGCGGCGGGGUCGAGCUGGCCAUCGAGAGGGCAGCCAAGGAGGCGGCCGAGUCCGGCUGGGGCCCGCCGCAGGACAAGGGCGCCGAGCAGCCCGCCGCCGCGGGAGCCACUGAGGAGGAGGCGUCGCGGCCCGAUGCGUGGUCCGCGGGGGAGCCGGCCACGCUGGCGGCCGCCACGGGCGUGGAGCCCCGCGAGUCGGAGGAGGAGGAGGCCGAGGCCGGAGCGGCCGAGCUGAGGGCCGAGCUGGCGCUGGCGGCCGGGCGGCAGGAAGAGAAGCAGGUCCUGCUCCAGGCCGACUGGACGCUGCUGUGUCUCCGCUGCCGCGAAGCCUUCGCCACCAAGGGCGAGCUCAAAGCGCACCCGUGUCUGCGCCCCGAGGGCGAACAGGAGGGCGAAGGGGGGCCCCCGCCCCGCCCCAAGCGCCACCAGUGCUCCAUCUGCCUCAAGGCCUUCGCCAGGCCCUGGUCGCUGUCCCGCCAUCGGCUGGUCCACUCCACCGACCGCCCCUUCGUGUGCACGGACUGCGGCCUGGCCUUCCGCCUGGCCUCCUACCUCCGCCAGCACCGCCGCGUGCACGGCGCCCUCAGCCUCCUGGCCCCGCUGCCGGGCAAGAAGGACGACAAGGCAUCAGGCGGCCGGAACUCAGGGAAAGGGCCCGAGGGGGGCGAAGGGGCGGAGCGCGGGGGCGCCUCCGAGGGUGGGGAAGGCGGGCAGAACGGAGGGGAUGCCGCCCCGGCCCGGCCCCCCGCCGGGGAGCCCCGCUUCUGGUGCCCCGAGUGCGGCAAAGGUUUCCGGCGCCGGGCGCACCUGCGGCAGCACGGGGUGACCCACUCGGGGGCGCGCCCCUUCCAGUGCGUGCGAUGCCAGAGGGAGUUCAAGCGGCUGGCUGACCUGGCCCGCCACGCGCAGGUCCACGCGGGGGGCCCGGCCCCGCACCCCUGCCCACACUGCUCGCGGCGCUUCUCGCGCGCCUACAGCCUCCUGCGCCACCAACGCUGCCACCGCGCCGAGCUGGAGAGGGCCGCCGCCGCGCAGCAGGCCCUCCAGGCCCAGGCCCCGCCGUCGCCCCCGCCGCCCCCGCCGCCCCCGGCCGGCCAAGAGGAGGAAGGGCUCCCGCUGCCUAUCGCACGCAUCAAGGAAGAGCCGCCCUCCCCGGGAACCCCACCCCAGUCGCCGCCGGCUCCCCCUGUCUUCCUCAGCGCCUCCUGUUUCGACAGUCAAGACCACUCAGCCUUCGAGAUGGAGGAAGAAGAGAUUGACAGCAAGGCUCACCUGCGCGGAUUGGGCGGCCUGGCCUCCUGACCCUCACACCCACUCUCAGCACCUCCAUUUGACUCCCCGGUUUGCAAUAUGGAGAGGGGAAGUUGAAGGAGAGGCACCUCUUCUGUGUACCCACCCCUACCCUCCCAGCCCUCUACACUAAGGCGGGGGGUGGGGGCGGGGGCCUGGACUGCCCCUCCCUCCCCAUCACCCACCCCCAGGCCCCCUGAUGCUGGUUGGAAACUGCUCACCCCAACACAUGUCUGAAGACAGGACGACAAUUCAGAAAAUAAGGUGGAGGACAUUGGCAAGAGGGAUGGAGACUGAGGGGGACCCCCAGGCUGGCUGUCCCCCAAUAUACACACUGGACACCAUCACCUCUUUGGAACUGCCAGACCCUGGGGGCCCCAGUGAGCAAAGGUCUGUCCCUGUCCCUUUGUCUGUCUGAAUAAAUGUGAGUUCGUGGAA